AUGGACAUUGUUGAGCUCGAUCUAAACUCUGCUGUCAGGGAGGUUCUCAAGAACGCUACCGCAGCCAAUGGCCUUACCUGCGGACUUCAUGAGUGCACUAAGGCCAUUGUCCAGCGCAAGGCCAUAUGUUGCUUUUUGGCCGAGAGCUGCAACGAAGCUGCGUACUCCAGCCUUAUAGAGGCUUUGUGCCGAGAACAAGAAAUUCCGCUCAUUUCGGUAAGACUUAUGUGUGCAUAUAUCUUCUAGUUUCCUGACGGCAAAACCCUCGGGGAAAUGGCUGGUCUCUGCAAACUCGACCGCCAAGGUCUUCCUCGCAAGGUCGUUGCCUCCUCCUGCAUUGUCGUCAAGGAUAUUGGCGAGGAGUCACGCGGCUGGAAGUACCUCGUUGACAAGUACAGGAUACCCGUUGUGUCUCGUCAGUCAUAG